AUGUCUGUCGCAGCUGGGGAUCACCACAUAUACACUGAUGCCAUUGCAGUCCAACCGCAGGUGGUCCAAUCCAGUGUCCGAGGUCUCGUAACACCGACAGCCAUCAGUACAACAGCUAAGCCAUUAACGGAGGAACAAAUCAAGACUCUCAUUGAGAAAUAUGGACCGGUUCUCAAUCUGCAUCCUGACGAGAAAUUCUUCAACACCUCCGUCGAAGAUUUUCUGAAUCAUUCAGAAUUGAUCGAAGUCCUCGACAAAAAGGCUAAAAAGGUAAAGUCAUUGGGCAAACCGACUGCCGCGAAUCUGCCACAAACGGGCAAGGACAGUCAGUACUACCUGCAGCUGAAGGAAGACGGCAAGAAGGGAGAUUUCUCAGCUGCAAAAGCAUACGUCCGUGCAUUCUGGCAGCCUGGAAUGCCAUACACAGACCUGCAAUUCUGGUUGUUCAACGCAUACAACGGCCCAGGCACGCUCCACCUCGACGGGCUGGUGAUGGACAGCAUCACGAGCUCUGGGGAUAUCAAUGUGUCUCCGCUCGGCGAACACGUGGGAGACUGGGAGAUGUGCAUGGUACGCGUCAACAACACGACACUCAACCUUGACAGUAUCUGGCUUUCGCAGCAUUCCAAGGGCCAAUUCUUCACGGGGGACCAGAUCGAGCGGGCCUUUCAUUUCCAGGGCACACGACCGAUCAUCUUCUCGUCGCGCAAUGGUCAUGCGAUCUUUUCUCGCGCGGGAUCCAAUCCGACCGAGUCGAAGAAGAUAGGAGGUAUCCCGGCAGGAUUUGGCUUCUUCGUGCGCAACGAUACAGCUGUGAGCAACUACAAACUGGACUGCUCCCAGAAGUAUGAGCUCGUCUCAGCAGACUUUAUCGGUGUUAAGUCACCAAGCUGGGUGACUUAUCCAUUCCGAUGGGGUCCAGAGGGAACUUCGACCCGCAUUACUCCUGGAGCAGUUGCCGAAAUAGUUGAAGCUGCUGCAGGUGACGAAUUGACCAAGUUUCUGCCUUUCGCUGUGGGAGUUAUUCUCGCUGGAGAAAUCCUUCCACAUUUCGUCAAGGGCGACAUUAAUGGCCCGACUCCGCCAAGUCGACAUGGAAGCUGGAUGGGCAUAUAUCCUGUUUACUAG